CCACACUACCCUUGGCUUAGAUGAAUUUCGAAUUUCCCGAAGAUCAAAACGAGUAACAACCAUCGCACACAGCUCAUUCAUUCAGUAAUUGUGAAUCUCUCUUCUCGGAAACUCUCUCCGGAUUUUCCUCUCCCGUAGCGGAGAUUGCUUUUCCUCUUCCCGGCGAUCGUUUAACCAUGAGCACCGGCGACCUCCUCGAUAUUCAACCGGAAGAGCUGCAGUUUCCUUUUGAAUUGAGGAAGCAGAUCUCGUGUUCUCUACAGUUGUCUAACAAGACCGACAACUAUGUUGCUUUCAAGGUUAAGACUACAAAUCCGAAGAAGUAUUGUGUUAGGCCUAACAGUGGGGUUGUGUUGCCCAGGUCAACAUGUGAUGUUAUAGUAACAAUGCAAGCGCAAAAGGAGGCACCUUCUGAUAUGCAAUGCAAAGAUAAGUUUCUCCUUCAAAGUGUGAUUGCGAGUCCUGGAACUACCACAAAAGAUAUUAAUCCAGAAAUGUUCAGUAGAGAGGCAGGACACAAUGUUGAAGAGUGCAAGUUGAGGGUUCUGUAUGUUACUCCUCCCGGACCACCGUCUCCGGUUCGAGAAGGAUCUGAUGAGGACUCUUCACCAGAUUCUGUAUCGGAAAAUGGACAUUCGAAUGUUACUGAAUUUACAGCUGCUUCAAGAAAUUUCAAUGGGCGGGAUGAACCUUUGGGUGCUACCUUCGAGACAACGACGCUUGUUUCGAAGGUGACUGAGGAGAGAAAUUUGGCUAUUGACCAACAGAGAAGACUUCAGCAAGAACUGGAGCUCUUGAGGCGCCAAGUCAGUAGAAACCGUGGUGGAAUAUCGUUUAUGUAUGUUGUUCUUGUUGCUGUGAUUGGCUUCAUUUUGGGAUACUUCUUGAAGAGGACAUGACCAAAGCAAUCUCCAGAAACUGCCCUGAAAUAAUGUGUUGCGGCGUGAAUUUUAACUGGAACUGGGAGGUGUCCGUUAAGAAACACAAAUGUUAAGAUUUUUAUAAAGGAAGGAAAUUGAGUUUUUGGAUUUGAGAUUUGAAAUUGAAGUUUUAAUGAAAAUACGUAAAGAAACAUAAGUGAAAUUGUCUAAUGUGAUUUGUAAUAGUAGUUGGACGCAUGAUUUUAAUUCACACCGCAAUUGCGGUUGCGGAGGCUACCGAAUCAACAAUAUUGCGGCUGAUGUGAUUUGUAAUGGUAGUCGGACGCAUGAUUUUAAUUCACUCUGCAAUUGCGGUUCCAGAGGCUACCGCAUCAGGAAUAUUGUGGCGGCCGCUGUAAUUGCAGUUGUAGAGUGUAAUUUAAAAUAAUUGAUUUGUACCAUCGGAUCUUUAAUCAAAUGACUCUCUGAUUUUAAAUCUGUUUAAA